AACGGGAGAGAGAAAUCAUCCGCCAGGCAGCCAUACAGCAGACCAAGGAAAUGGAUCUCAGCGUGGUGAGGCUCAUGUUCACAGCCUUUCUUCCCGACAGCAACGGCAGCUUCACACGGAAACUCGAUCCCGUUAUAUCAGAUGCGAUAUAUGACAGCAAAGCUCCCAAUGCCUCCAACCUAAAAAUUGUAAGAAUGGACAGAACAGCAGGGUGCGUGACGGGAGGGGAAGAAAUUUACCUGCUCUGUGACAAGGUUCAGAAAGGUAAGAGUCACGAGUAUUGUCAGGCACACCAGGGAGUUCAUCUGGAGUACACAUGAAGCCUGCUGUGCUGU